GAGCAAAGAAGAGUAGGAAGCACAUUGUCUGGCUAUGUUUCCAUGGAUAUCUUCCACUCUGUAGGGAUUAGUAUCACUGCAGAAAAAUGGGCCUUUAACUUCUUUUCAUGGACUUCUCUUAGAUGGAUGUUCAAGGCCUGUCCCCCAUACAUGAUCCUCUUUUUGGUUAUCCUCCACUUGCUAUAUUCCCUCAUCAUAAACUUACUGCCUUCUCUGUCACUUCAUUCAAAUCUAUCGCAUUAGAAAAUCCUACGUCUUCCAAUCAAGUCAGCGUUGUAACUUCUCAGUAGAUACUUGUUGAGAUAUGGCUCUGCCCGCGGUCAAAGUUGAAUACAAGACAAUAGAUGGCAUUACCAUCCGAGGAUUGCUACACCCUACGGAGGUGAAAGCACCUGCCAUUAUCAUGACACAUGGAUUCAACUGUGUCAAAGAAAUGCUCCUGCCAGAGAUAGCUCGAAGAUUCCAGAGUCUAGGCUAUAACGCAUUGAUUUAUGAUCCUCGAAGUAUCGGAGACAGUGAUGGGCUUCCCAGAAACCAGAUCAGCCCACUACAGCAAGCUGAAGAUCUAUCAGACAUUGUAACACAUAUCUCAUCAUUGCCAAACGUUGACUCGCGUCGAAUCAUACUUUGGGGCAUGUCCUUUGGAGCUACAGUAAGCGCUUGCACAGCAGCUGUGGACAGACGAAUCAAGACACUCGUGAUGGUGUGUCCCCUUUUUAGCUUUUUUCAGCCAGAAAAGCGAGAAAAGGCUUUUGCACAACUCAUCAGAGAUCGACAGUCACAAUUGCGAGGUAAUGAAGCAUUUACAUUGCCUCCAUUUAAUAGCAAAGGGGAAAAUCCAAUGGGAUUUGGGGGGUCGGGAGGGCCGGGUGGAAUGGAAGCAUACAGCUUCAUGUCCGCAGUCAUUGAUCACGGUGCCCCAAAUUUCCGCGAUCGUAUCACACUACAGACAUACCAGAAGCUUUUUAUGUUUCGUCCCAAGGUACUACUCGACAUGGUUCAAGCGUCAGCCCUAAUGAUUGUGCCCGAAUUAGACGAUAUUUCGUCUCCUGAAGAACAGAUUGAAGCUUUCGGGCUCUUACCAGGUCCAAAAACCCUGUAUGUAGCGAAAGGAAAAGGACAUUUGACUGUUCUCAGUGGAGAUAAGUCCGAGGAAAUUUUGAGUACAAUGACCGAAUUCAUCAAGACAGCUAGUGAGUUGGAAGCAUAAGGCAUGAACGCAUUUUUACUUUGUGCGUGCGUCUGGAGUCAAAUAGUUUGUAAACAGAGGAGUUGGUUGGAAUACAGUAUUUCUUAGCCGUACUUUCAGAGAAACCAAAGUAAUAUCA